AUGGGACCUCACGAUUCGCCAAUUGAGAUUGAGAUCAGACUUGAUGAUGAAGACACUAGAAAGCAUACGGAGGUGAAAACUGCGCAUGGCAGAAUAGAGAGGGUUCCAAUAUAUAAAGAUGGUGAAUCGGUUAAAGGUGUGGUAACGCUUCGAACUAAGGAGAGCAAGAGGUUAGAUCACCAAGGAGUCAAAGUUGAACUUUUGGGGUCGAUAGAAACAAACAUUGAUGGUUUGGUUUCGUCGAAUUUUCUUUCGUUGGCGACUGAAUUAGCAGCACCUUCUCAAUUAACUCAUCCUGAGUCGUAUCCAUUUGAGUUUAGAAAUGUGGAGAAACAGUAUGAAAGCUACAGAGGCAAAAACGCAAAAUUGCGCUAUUACGUCAAGGUAACAAUGUUGAGGAAAUCAAGCUCAGAAAUAUCGAGAGAGAAGGAAUUAUGGGUAUAUCAGUAUUAUACGAAAUCGAACGAUGAAGCUAGAUCGAGGGAGCUUGGGGGGAACGAACAGGCACUUCAAUCGACACCGAGAAUGAGCAAAGAUGUUCACAGUGUCAAGAUGGAUGUAGGUAUUGAGGAUUGUCUACAUAUAGAGUUUGAGUACUCAAAGUCAAAACUGUCAUUGAAGGACGUCAUUAUUGGUCGCAUUUUCUUUUUAUUGGUGAGGUUGAAAAUAAAGCACAUGGAGUUGUCUUUGAUAAGACGCGAGACUGUUGGAUCGCCGCCAAAUCAAGUGACUGAUAGCGAAACUGUGGUGAGAUUCGAGAUAAUGGACGGAGCUCCUGUUAAAGGUGAAACGAUUCCCAUUAGGUUAUUCUUGAGCGGAUUUGAUUUGACUCCAACUUACAAAGAUGUAAAUAAGAAAUUUUCGGUGAGGACAUAUCUUUCGCUUGUGCUUAUUGAUGAAGACGCUAGACGGUAUUUCAAACAAAGUGAGAUUAUACUAUUUAGAGACCUGUAG